CUGUUUUUACCGUAGAUAAAAUAACGUACUGCUACAAAGGACAUUGUAGUCAUAAAUGCGUUGAAAAUAAUAAAAUCGUACGCUUUGCGCACGCUUAACAUUACAUAACAUCCACGUUACUCUCGGCUCCACAAGUACUUGUUGUGCUUCGUCACGUCCCCUUUAAGUGGUGUUGGGUGUAGGCUGUGAAACUCACAGGGAAGCUAAAGAGUCAAAGUGAAGGUAAACAGAAAGCUUUUUCUUUAAUGAAAAUUAACUCCAAAGACUGCAUCGAGACGGAUACUGUAAACACAGGUUGCCGAGGCUGGAGGGCUGGAUGUGGUCCGUCAUGGUGAACGAUGUUCCGGAAAGUCAAGAAGCGCCACAGCAGCAGCAGCUCGCAAAGCAGUGAGAUCAGCACCAAAAGCAAAUCUGUGGACUCCAGUUUGGGAGGGCUCUCCAGGUCCAGCACCGUCGCCAGCCUCGACACAGACUCCACCAAGAGCUCAGGCAACAGCACGUCUGACACGUGCGCUGAGUUCAGGGUGAAGUAUGUGGGAGCCAUUGAGAGGUUACAGUUUGACAUGAGCAAGACCCUCCAGGAGCCUCUGGACCUCAUCAACUACAUCGAUGCCGCUCAGCAAGACGGAAAGCUUCCCUUCAUACCCGGAGAUGAGGAGAUGAUUCUGGGAGUGUCAAAGUACGGAGUGAAAGUGGCGUCCCUGGACCAGUGUGACGUGCUGCAUCGCCACCCUCUCUACCUGAUAGUGCGCAUGCUGUGUUACGAUGACGGCCUGGGUGCAGGGAAGAACCUCCUGGCUCUCAAAACCACCGAUGCAAAGCAAGAGGAGUGCAGCAUCUGGGUGUACCAGUGCAGCAGUUCAAUUGUCUGUCCGGACAGGAGCAGGCUCAGUCCAUCUGCAAGGUGCUGUCGGCUUCUUUUGACUGCGCUCUGACGUCAGACAAGUCCUGAGGCCGGAGAAAUGGACGGGAGCUGAGAUAGUGAAGUAGGAGAACCAUGGCUGCGUUGUGAUUGCUUAAAAAAAUGCAACCCUUUCCUUUUUUUUUUUUUUUUUUUUUAACCAUACGAUUCCUGUGUGUUUUCCAAGCCAUCGUGUUGCCAGUGUGACACUCAGUUUGUGAUGUUUACCGUCACCAGUCAAGUCAGAACCACUGUGAAUCUGUCUGAAUCAUUUCCUCAGAACUUGCUUCCAAUACCUCACAUGUUCCUGUGUCACCUGUCACAUGAAGUCAACAGCGCAAAAGCAAAGUGUGGAAAAGGAAAUGGUUGCAUUUAAAAAAAAAAAAAAAAAAGCAAUGUCAUGUAAAUCAUAUUUAAUGUAAAUUAUGGCAAAAAAGGUACAUAAUGUUUUAAACCAUCUCCACCCAGCUCUGUCAGCAUAUGGCAACUCAUGGGAGUCAUUCACAGACUUGGUACACGACAUGACGACAUGCACACAGUUUGGUUCUCGUCAUGUGCAAACCACUCAGAUCCCUUUUCAUCCUUUUUUUUUUUUUUUUUUUUAGACAGUAUUGGUACAGUAACAGUCACUUUUUGACUCGAAGGUACAUCAGAACAAGUGUUUUAAACCGCGGCCUACACCCUAUAUUUCGUCUUAAUUUGUGAGGUUUACUCAUUUUGAUUACUUUUGUUAUAUCAUUGUUUUACAUUUUCUUUAUACUGUAAGUUUUCUUGGUACCAAAAGCUUGAAGUGUCUUCUGAUUUGUUGAGUUGUUGUUUCUUGUUGAUUCAAAAACUUGUCGACACCACAAACAUCCUACUAGGCUGUUGGAGGCAUAUGAAUGUGUUUACAGUUGUGGUACUGACUUAAGCUCACCGUGUACAUAAUUACAUGCUUUUGACUUUGGUCCAGUAAGGACCGGGUCACAAAAAGUGUGAAAGUAAGGAAUUGUUAGAUCUGGUACGAUAAAUUAGUUGGAAGCUUUUGUGUUUGAUGAUUAUUUCACUGAUUAAAGUGGCAUUUCUCCUUUUC